AUCCAGCUUGUCCGAACCACACGCCAAUCAGGUGUCCAGCCUGCUCAGUCUCCAGUCAAACUCUGACCUCCGAAGUCUCUGCCUGUCCCUCCAUCUCGACUCCCCCCGUACAUUGUCAGCAAUGGCGGCGCCGUCGCGCCGGGGCGGCCACAGCCAACCCUUCGACCUCGACACCGCUCCGGAGCUCGACGACGACGGCCACGCCGCGCGCACGGGGAACCUAUGGACGUGCGUGGCGCACAUCAUCACCGGCGUCAUCGGGGCCGGCGUGCUGGCGCUCUCCUGGAGCGUCGCGCAGCUGGGCUGGGUCGCCGGCCCCAUCGCCAUGCUCUGCUUCGCGGGCGUCACCUACGUCUCCGCCGUCCUCCUCACCCACUGCUACAGGUCCCCUCUCGUCGCCGCUUCCGGCGGUGGUGGCUCGGAGGAUUCGUCGACCGGUAAGAUGAGGAGGAACUACACCUACAUGGACGCCGUCCGGGCGCUGCUCGGCCGGAAGCACGUCUACGUCUGCGGCACCCUCCAGUACCUCUACCUCUACGGCAUCGGCGUCGCCUACACCAUCACCACCGCCACCUGCCUCGGCGCGAUCAAGAAGUCCAACUGCUACCACGCCCACGGGCGCGGCGCCGCGCGCUGCGGGUCGGGCACGGGCGAGCAGCACAUGUUCAUGCUGCUCUUCGGCGCGGCGCAGCUGGUGCUGUCCUUUAUCCCCAACUUCCACAGCAUGGCGUGGCUGUCCGCCGUCGCGGCGGCCAUGUCCUUCACCUACGCCACCAUCGGCCUGGGCCUGGGCCUCGCCAAGACCGUAGGCGACGGCGCGAUCAAGGGCGGCGUGGCCGGCGUGCCCGUGGCCACCGCGGCGCAGAAGACGUGGCUGGUGGCGCAGGCGGUGGGCGACAUCGCGUUCGCGUACCCGUACACCAUCGUGCUCCUCGAGAUCCAGGACACGCUGCGGUCGUCGCCGCCAGAGGGCGAGACGAUGCGCAGGGGGAACGUGGUCGCUGUCCUCGCCACCACGUUCUUCUACCUCUGCGUCGGGUGCUUCGGGUACGCCGCCUUCGGCAACGCCGCGCCGGGGAACCUCCUCACCGGCUUCGGCUUCUACGAGCCAUACUGGCUCGUCGACUUCGCCAACGCCUGCAUCAUCCUCCACAUCCUAGGCGGCUACCAGAUGUACAGCCAGCAGAUAUUCAUGGUGGUGGACAGGUGGUUCGCGGCGAGGUUCCCGGAGAGCGCGUUCGUCAACAAGACCUACCCCGUGCGUUUCCUGCCGGGGCUGCCGAGGUACGGGCUCAACCUGCAGCGGCUGUGCUUCCGGACGGCGUACGUGGCCACCACCACGGCGCUGGCCGUCGUGUUCCCCUACUUCAACGAGGUGCUCGGCCUGCUGGGCGCGCUCACCUUCUGGCCGCUCGUCAUCUACCUCCCCGUCCAGAUGUACUGCGUGCAGCGCCGGGUCAGGGCCUGGACGCCGACGUGGGUCGCCCUGCAGGCGUUCAACGUCGUCUGCUUCGCCGUCGGCACCUUCGCCUUCGUCGGCUGCGUCGAGGGCGUCGUCAAGAAGAGGCUAGGCUAGGCUAGGCUGUCGGAUUGCUGUACAGUUAGCGCUUGAGAAACA